GCAGAUGAUUACUAGGGCUGUGGAAACACUGGUUGCUGGGUGGAGUUUCCUGCAAAAGAUAUAAAAGCUUUGAGAGACCUCUGCUCCUUUACUCCUGACUGUGCAGCCCAGUGAAGCAGUGUCUGUGAGGAGGAAGAAACCCUGUCAACAUGGCUAUGGUAUCAGAAUUUCUGAAGCAGGCAUGGUUCAUAGACCAUCAGGAGCAGGAAUGUAUUAAGAGUGCGAAAGGUAUCCAUGGAGUACAGUCAUAUCCAAAUUUUGAUCCAUCAGCUGAUGUUGUUGCUUUGGACAGAGCUAUUACUGUAAAGGGUGUGGAUGAAGCCACCAUCAUUGACAUCUUGACUAAGAGAACAAAUGCUCAGCGACAGCAGAUCAAAGCUGCCUAUCAGCAGGCUAAAGGAAAGAGUCUAGAAGAGGCUUUGAAAAAAGCUCUGAAAGGCCAUCUAGAAGAUGUUGUUGUGGCUUUGCUCAAAACUCCAGCUCAAUUUGAUGCUGAAGAAUUAAGAGCUUCUAUGAAGGGACUUGGAACUGAUGAAGAUACCUUAAUUGAAAUUCUGGCCUCAAGAACCAACCGAGAGAUCGGAGAAGCCAACAGAUACUAUAAGGAAGUGCUGAAGAGAGAUCUGACAAAAGACAUCAUCUCUGACACUUCUGGUGACUUUCAAAAGGCUUUGGUUGCUCUAGCAAAGGCUGAUCGAUGUGAAAAUCCUCAUGUGAAUGAUGAACUUGCUGACAAUGAUGCCAGGGCCUUGUAUGAGGCAGGAGAGAAAAGGAAAGGAACAGAUACUGGUGUGUUUAUAACCAUUCUUACUACAAGAAGCUACCCACAUCUUCGAAGAGUCUUUCAGAAAUACACCAAAUACAGCAAGCAUGACAUGAACAAGGUACUGGACUUGGAGCUGAAAGGUGAUAUUGAAAAUUGCCUCACUGCCCUUGUAAAGUGUGCCACAAGCAAGCCAGCUUUCUUUGCAGAAAAACUCCAUUUGGCAAUGAAGGGUGCUGGGACCCGGCACAAAGACCUUGUCAGAAUCAUGGUUUCGCGCCAUGAGGUGGAUAUGAAUGAGAUCAAAGGCUAUUACAAGAGUCUGUACGGCAUCUCUCUCCGCCAAGCCAUUAUGGAUGAACUCAAAGGGGAUUAUGAAACCAUCCUGGUGGCAUUAUGUGGAAGUGAUAAUUAAGUUUCAUGUUCCUGAAAUGCACUCAAGCACAAUUGCUGAAAAUCUUCAUAUUUGCAUGUCUAUGUAAAACACAGGCUUUACACGCAGAGGUUGCUGUGGAAUGGCACUUAGUACAUAUGUAUUAUGUUUAAAACCUGUAACCCAGAAUGUAUUUUUUCAAUAUCCUUGCUCUAAACAUCGUCAAUAUUUCUGGUUGCCAUUAUUUAUCCAAAGUGAAAGAAUGCCCCUAUUCACGUGAUUAAUUAUGAAAAUGGUAAAGUUUUCAUCUAUGCUAAGCAUAUAAACUUUUAAAAAUAAAAUUCAGCCAUGUGUAACUUUGUAUAUCCUUUGUUGCUAUUCUGCAUUUAAUUUCAAGUUGUGUGAGUACAGCGUGUGAGGGAAAAAUCAGUGAAUAGCUUAAUCCAAAAGUAAUGUAGUAAUAUCAAGUGUAGCUUUGAUCUGUAUAAGAUUUCUCUUCGGCAGAGUGCAAGAGAGUUUCAGCAGGAAUGUGUCCUUUGCUGAGAGCCCAGCCUAAAUAUUCAACUUCAAAAUGGUAUUGAGGGAGCACUUAGAAUGUUCCUUUAAAGGACAAGAUACAGUUAAACAUGUUAAUAUGAAAAUAGUUGUUAUCUGAUUUACAGGAGCUUUGCAGGAUGAUGCAACAGUGGAAAUUGCUGUAUUCAAAGUGCUUCUAAGUUUAAGGCAUUUCACUAUUUUUUAAAGUGUUGUUUAUAUGCAUCUUAGCUACAGGCAAGUGUAGUUGCAUUUUGAUUGUAUUCUAUUUUUGUCUACUUCUAAAAUGCAAAUGCUGAUUUUUUUGAAGAGGAAGGAUUGCUUUGUGUAGUGCUGUAUCCAAGAGAAGCCACAGUUUUACCGCAAGCCAGCUCAGUCCCCCCAGGCAUUCACUUCUGUCUGAGACGUACAAGUUUCUGCACAGUUAGGGAACUACUUCCUUAAACAUUUAAAAAAACAGAAGUUUUAUUUUUUUAAAUUCCAUUUAUAUGACUCUUUCAUAUGGCUAUUUCACAAUUGUUUUAAAUAUUUGAUCUAUUUAUUGCCAUAGAAACUUGCAGCCCAUUAUUGUAGUCUGAAAAGUUUCAUGCUGCAAAAAGUAGGACUGAGGUUAAUGAUUGAGAAACAGAGCACCAUCUAUUUCACUGCCAGAAGGCCCCAUGAUGGUCUGAGUAGAAGUGAGAGACGUUUCUAAACAAAAAACAAAAUAAAACAAACAAAGAAUUUUAGGUACGCUAACAUAAAUGGAAAGGUCAUUUCCUGGCAUUCAGAGGGACAAUCCUUGUCUUAAAGAGCUAUGCUGCACAGUAAAGAGGAGAAACAGAGAAUUAAAUGGACCAGCACAAAUAAUCUUCGUUUUCAGUGCGAAUUAAUAAGAGCAUCAGCAGUGAAAUUUAAGUGAAAAGUCUACAUAUGUUAUCUCUAGUCAGAUUGUCAUUAAGAUAAGAUGGAUUACCACAGAAGAUCAGUAAUCUAAGAUUGUUUGGAUUUUGGUUUUUUGUUCCUUUCUUUUUGCAUCAAACAAGAAAAUGUCACAUAAAAUCACUGCAAAUAGUUUUAAUAAGUCCCUAAGGACUCCAUUUAGUAGCAUGCUUCUCACUGUGCUGAGCUUCAAGCAUGGGAAGAGUGCACAGAUUUGUACCAAGGAAGUAAUUUAAAUUUUUUCUGCAGCUGUUUUCCCAACCAGUAUUAGAUAUUAAGCAUCAGUAUAAGGAAAAAUAAGAAAGGCAAAAUGAAAAAGAAAAUACAUUUUUCUAAAAAUCUCAAAAUCAAAAAGUCAAUUGCGGCAAUGUUGUAUUGUAAAGAACUUCUUGGUGCUUAUUCAGACUGUCCAGAGAAAGGCUUGCUGGGACACAGUGUUGGAAUUUUCACCACUGUUUUAGUGAAACAUAAUUUAUGAAUUCUAUAAUCCCCUUCUGAAAUGGGGCAGGUAUUUCAUAACAUCCUACAAAAAUAAAGAAGCCAUUAAUCAGGUGUAAACAUGGAAUAAAAGGAAUGUAGCCUGUCAUGUUUCAAAGACAGUAAGAUAAGAUUUUAUUGGAAAGUCAUGUAUUAGAAUUUGAAUUGCAUUCAAACAUAUGAGGAAUGGUGAUCUACUCGAUGGGGAAUGACUGUCCAGUCAUUUAAAGGUGAUGGAGAGGAGGAGAGUGGUGAAUUCAAGAGGAAAUGCCAGGGGAAUGUCAGUAAAUAUGUUACAGUAAAGGCCAUAGUGAAAUUCAUGAGAAGUACUUCCUUGCUUUGUUGUAAAUUGUUUGGAGGGGAGGAGACAAAAGGGACAAGAAAGGCAACAAGAAGAUUGAAAUAUGAUUUUUUUUUUUAAUCAUUGUACACUUGAAGUCUAUCAGCAGAAAACUAUUGCAAGGGCAUAACUUCAACACAAACAUGUAAAUGAAGAAGUCACUCUGCAUCUUCAGCAGGAAAAGGUUUCUUAAGGGUUGGUAACCUUGAAAUAAUUUAGAAAUAUAUUGGAAAACUAUUCCUUCAAAUAGCACUAAUUCUUUCAUGACUUUAAUAAAAUACACUUUGUCAUAUUUAACUUAUCACUUUAUGAUCAGCUAUCUGCUGCACAGACUGGACAGAUUCUUCAGUUUCUCUUUCACUGUGAAUGCUUUUCUGACCAUUUUGGCUUUGCCCUCACAAAACAAAUAACGAGUUUAGAAGAGAUUAGAAAAAAAGAGUAUGAAUUUCCAAACGGCCUUUUCAAAAAACUUUGAGCUCUGGUGCCACCUUGUGACUGUAGAGACAAGGACAAGGGAUACUUUUUCAACAGAAACUCAGUCUUAAGGGGACACUGAUUGCAAACUGUCAUAAUGUAGUUCAGCAUAUUGUGGAAAAUAGGGGUUUUCUAUCUCCCCCCUGCUCCAGCAUCUGUUUUUUCACACUGAUUUCAAAAAGAACAAGUAGGAAAAAAAGAACUAGCUGAUAUAUUCUCAAGAGGAGAGAAGUUUCUCAAAGCACUGACACAAGCAGUUGUAGAAUAUGAACAAACCUCCAAAUCCAGCACAACACCAUACCUUUCUAAAACCAUAACACACGUGUAUGGGUGCUUACAACAAACCCUGUAUUUGAAAGACUCAUCCAUCAUGAGAUACGUCACUCUCAUUCAGCAGACUUGGGCAAAGUGUGAACUUUUAAUAGACACCACUACAGAAGGUGCUAUGGCAAGGUGAUACAGUUAAACAGCCCUGUGUGUCUAUCUAGCAUAAAGAUAAAAUGACAUAAAUUUUUUUUAGGAAAUUAGGCUGGUUUUCCAUCCCCAUUACAGAGGUGACCAGUGCCAAAUUCUAUCAAUUGCUACGUGCUUUUAUUAUAUGCCCAUUUUGCUUCAAAUCAUUGGAAUAAUAUAGACAAAAAGUUAUUUAAAAAUCUGGGCUUUAGUUUUUAAUACCUUGUUUUGCAACCUAUUCAAGUGCCUCCGUCAUUCAGUGGGACCAAAUAUAGAAAAGCUAACCACACUGCUUUUAAGGAGUUUAGAUGUAUAAAAGUGGUGGCAGGGUGCCCAUUACCAUAUCUAUUAUUGCUUUCUAUGCUAUUCUUCACAGAUCAACGAGUCAUAACAUUUCUAGCAUCGUCUGAAUAAAGAAAGGCAGAAAUUAGAUCUUGUAUGUUCCCCAAGCUAUGCAUUUUCCAUGAAACUGUUCUCUGUGACACUAAUAGAGGUUUUCCAGGCAAUUGCAGUUAGUAAGUAUUGCAUAACAUGCAUUUGUGAGUGGCAAUAAUAACUUACCUUGGCAAUUAAACUUAUUCUGCCUCUUUCAAAGUCUGCUUAGUCCUUCCUUCUUAUCUGCAUUAAGUGGUUCAAUGUCACUAUAAAAAUAAUUGCUAGUUGAUUUUUCAAAAUAGUUGAUUAAUGUAAUUUAAUGUAUGAAGAAAAAUUUUGAAUUUCCUAUUGCUUAGUUUUAUCCAUUUUAAAUUCCAACACUUUCUUCUUCUUCCACAACCACCUCUUGCCAUAUCUAACCUAUGCUAGAACUUGGCUGCUAAACAACUGACAAAUAUCUUGGGAGGUUAAAUGUCAGGUUUCCAAAAGUCCAGUGGAAUUGUAAAGGUUGUUCUACUAUUUCUGCCAUUUUACAGUGAAGCUCUUCACUCUUUGUGGAGUCAUAUAUGUUUAAUUAUGGGGAUGAUUAGGAGUUUUUAAAUAUGUUUUUCUUUGCAUUGAACAUUUCAGUUUGUAUGAGUUUACUGGCAAAUAAAUGUUUUUGAUUUCUGAAUUGGUAAUAUUACUUCCAAAUACUUGCUUAUUUAAAAUAAUAAAUGGAUAUUAAUAAAUAUCAUAGCUUGCUAAUUA